UUUAAGAUUUGGGUUGAGGAAACCCCCAGUUUCUUAGAAACUACUAUAACCUCUGAUGUACCGGAUUGCUUUUAAUUUAAUGCUAGACUGCAAUAUUUUCCUAUAAAAAAAAAAAUCCUGACUUCUUCAUCCAAAAAAGAAAUCGUUACUUGUGUGUAUAAAAAUAAUAAACAAUCUAUACCUCAAAAAAUAGAUCAGGCAUCUUAGGAAUUUCCCUUUAUUCCAUUGGACCAUUUCCACGCCUAGGCUGCCAGCCAGAGUUUUUCAAAAGCUACUGAUCAAACAGUUCCGUGGCGCGCACGUUUUGAAAGCGACUUUGAAAACAAAAGGCCAAAGGGAUAACAAAAACAGUUUAAACAAUCGGAUCUUACGACGACUAGCCACCAACAACCUUCUUUGAUUAUUUUAUUCACAGAAACAGAGUUUUAUUCAUAUCUUUUUAUGGGCAUCAUUGAUUCAUUAUCCCAUUUGAUAUAGAUAUAGUGGGAGUUUUAUAUAGAAACAAAAUCAAAGCUUGAAUAUUCUAUUUAUGGAAAUGCCUGAUCAGUCCCCCGUUGUGGGGUCUUGAGUCUUUUUGAGUUUGGAGUUCGGACAGUGCAAGUGACCGCACCAGAUCCGUUAUAGAUGCUGACGGACCCUGUCUUGUCCUUUCGCUUUUGUAGCUUCCGAGGAUUCUUUUCUUUCAUUCAUGGUUCCAAGACUUGGUGCUCCUAUUCGAUCCAGGCCUCUUUUUCCCAGACAUUUGGAAGCCAUGAACAUGAGGACAAGAAAGAUUUUUGGGGUUUCUCUCUCUCUCAUUCUCAUCAAUUUGGCUGCCAUAAUGGAGCGUGCUGAUGAGAAUCUCCUCCCAUCUGUUUACAAAGAAGUCAGUGAAGCUUUCAAUGCUGGGCCAUCUGACCUGGGGUAUCUUACAUUCAUAAGGAACUUUGUGCAGGGACUUGCAUCACCCUUGGCAGGAGUACUAGUUAUAAACCAUGAUCGCCCUACAGUUCUUGCAAUGGGCACUUUCUGCUGGGCCCUAUCAACUGCUGCAGUGGGUGGUAGCCAGCUUUUUCUUCAAGUUGCAUUCUGGAGAGCAAUAAAUGGCUUUGGUUUGGCGAUUGUGAUACCAGCACUCCAGUCCUUCAUUGCUGAUAGCUAUAUGGAUGGUGUGAGGGGAACAGGAUUUGGACUGCUAAGCCUUGUGGGUUCCUUGGGUGGCAUAGGAGGCGGUGUUCUAGCAACAAUUAUGGCUGGUCACCAUUACUGGGGUGUGCCUGGAUGGCGUUUUGCCUUUAUUCUGAUGGCAGCAUUGAGUUCACUAAUUGGGUUCCUUGUUUUCUUGUUUGUGGUAGACCCUAGAAAAACAGUUAGCAUCAAUCAUGAUACGGGAGAGGCUGAAGAAAAGAAGGUUUUGACGGAAAAGGGCAAUGCUAUUAGCACGGCAUCAUUUUGGCGAGAGUCUUGGAUGGCGAUGAAAAGUGUCAUGAAAGUGCAAACAUUUCAGGUCAUUGUCUUGCAGGGCAUUGUUGGGUCGCUACCAUGGACUGCCAUGGUGUUCUUCACUAUGUGGUUUGAACUAAUAGGUUUUGAUCAUAAUGGUACAGCAACCCUCCUUAGUCUUUUUGCUAUGGGAUGUGCUCUGGGAUCACUCCUUGGUGGUCUAAUUGCAGAUAAAUUAUCUCAAAUCUGGCCCCACUCAGGUCGUAUCAUGUGUGCGCAGUUCAGUGCCUUCAUGGGCAUCCCAUUCUCAUUGUUCCUACUUAGAGUGAUCCCACAGUCAGUAAGCAGCUAUUAUACCUUUGCUACCACCCUCUUUCUAAUGGGUCUAACCAUUAGCUGGAAUGGCUCUGCUGUAAAUGCCCCCGUGUUUGCUGAGGUGGUUCCUGCUAAACACAGGACUAUGAUUUAUGCAUUUGAUCGUGCUUUUGAAGGAUCAUUCUCUUCUGUUGCUGCUCCCUUGGUUGGAAUUAUAUCAGAAAAGAUAUAUGGCUAUGAUUCAAAAUCCGUGGAUCCAGUAGGAGGAUCUGCACCAGAGGCUUUGGCAUUGUCUAAGGGACUUCUCUCGAUGAUGGCUGUACCAUUUGGUUUGUGUUGCUUGUUUUACACACCUUUGUAUUAUACUUUUAGGCGGGACCGUGAAAAUGCUAGACUGGCCACUUUGAAAGAGGAAGAUAUGACACGAGAAGUGUCAAUUUAGGACUCGAUUAGGAAAUUUUCUCAAGAGUUGGAAUUCAAAUUGUCUUUUAAAAUAAACUACACAAGAUGGACUUUCAACUUCAAAAGAUGAUCCUUUUUGGCUUUAAUGAGAAAAUUAUGCAUAAUUCAGUUUCUUUUUCAUACAAUUUCAUGAAAUUUUAAUGGUAACACUCCUCGUCCCGGUGCAUGUCCAACUUGAACUCUCUUUUACAGUUCUGGGGUUGGCUAGCACGGCAAAGAUGAUGGCUCGUUAAGGAAUAAUAAAACUGAAUUGCAUAUGCCUAGAAGACUCCAUGUUCUGAUGAUGUCUGCUUUUUUAGCAUAUUCUACUGAUGUUGUGCACAUAUGCUCUAUCUGGUGUUGCUAUUAUUUUAUCUGACAUAUAUUUGUUGUAGAAAAAAAAGUGAUUAUGGUUUUGACCCAGGAAAUAGCAAUGCUACAGACUU